CCAUUUCCCUUUGCUCCAAGCCCUCCCCUCUUGAUCGCCUCCAUUUGGAAAAAAAUGCAUUUCCUGUUUGGCACAUAGAACUGCAGCAAUGUUUUCACCAAUCCUAAAUAGAUUCCCAUGAUGGAAGGUGAAGACCAGGAGGAGGAAUCAAAAGAACCAUCUCGAGAUGAAUACACCUACAGACGGCGCAACUGCCGACGCUACCUCUUGUUCUUGGUUGUCUUGGUGUUGUUGGGUGGAGCUGGAGCAGUAACCUGGUAUUUCUUUGAUUAUAAACCACGUUUUUGGGAGUCAGCUUCCCUGCAUUUCUACUCUGGUAGUUUGAGGAUCCUCAACCGACAGUAUUCCAUGGAUCAUGGGCGGAUGGAAUCCAGAGCCUUCUGGACAGAGACGGCCAAGACACAGAAGAUGUUGAAAGAACUCAUUCAUGCCACUGAGCUGGCUCCUUACUACAACUCCAGCACCGUCUAUGCCUUUGGGGAGGGAUCUUUGACCUGCUUCUUCUGGUUUGCCCUUCAAGUCCCAAAAAGCUAUCACAAGGAGAUGACUGCUGAGAAGGUGAAUACCAUGCUGUAUAGGACACUGCUUGUCAGCACUAAUCAAACAGGCCACUUUGCCUAUCGGACUGAGUACCAGAUUGAGCCGAAAUCUUUGGUUCUGCUAGAAUCCAGUGUGAAAGACAUAAUAGUGCUGAAAUCCACAUUGGGUUGCUACAGAUACAGCUACAUCAUUGCAGACAAAGCCCUAAAGCUGAAGCGCCCAGAUUACCUGGCCUCCAGUUGUCUGUGGCAUCUUCAUGCUCCCAGAGGACACAUGAUCAAGCUGCGCCUGGAGUGGACCCUCUCGGAAUGCAGGGACCGGCUAGCUAUGUAUGACGUCGCUGGACCACUGGAGAAACGACUCAUCACUUUGCUGUAUGGCUGUAGUCGUCAGGAACCCGUGGUAGAAGUGCUUUCUUCAGGACCUGUCAUGUCUGUGGUCUGGAAGAAGGGGAUGUACAGCUACGAUGAUCCUUUCAUACUCUUAGCCCAGGCUGUGCCCUUUAAAGCCUGCCAGACGAAUCUGAUGCUGCGGGAAAGCCUGGAAAUUCAAGGGAACAUCAAGACUCCCUGCUACCCCAGUUACUAUCCGCCCAACACGCAGUGCACUUGGCACAUGAUGGUUCCAUCUUUGGAAUAUGGAGUUGUCCUUUGGUUUGAUGCUUACACUCUCAGCAGACAGAGAAGUGAUCAUCCAUGUACACAAGGACAGUGGACCAUCCAGAACAGAAGGCUGUGCGGCCUGCGGAGUUUGCAAGCCUAUGCUGAAAGGAUUCCUGUAGUGUCCAGUGCUGGCAUCACCAUCAACUUUACCUCUCAGAUCACCCUUACUGGGCCUGGAGUGCAGGCUGCUUACAGCCUAUACAAUCAAUCAGACCCAUGCCCUGGGGAAGCCCUUUGUUCUGUGAAUGGCUUAUGUGUCCCAGCUUGUGAUGGGAUCAAAGACUGCCCCAAUGGACUUGAUGAAAGAAAUUGCAUAUGCCCUGCAAAAUUCCAGUGUCAUGAGGACAGUACAUGCCUAGAAUUUUCCCGGGUCUGUGAUAAGCAUCUGGACUGUAUCAAUGGGAGUGAUGAGGAACAAUGCAAUGAAGGAGUUUUCUGCAGCCCUUUCACCUACCAAUGUGCAGACAAGAGCUGUGUAAAGAAACCCAACCCUCCGUGUGACUCUGUUCCUGACUGCAAGGAUCGCUCUGAUGAGAUGAACUGUGAUUGUGGACUGCAGGGUCCAAUUAAUCGGAUUGUGGGGGGAUUUGAUUCAUUAGAAGAGGAGUGGCCCUGGCAAGCCAGCCUGCAAGUUCGUGGGCACCAUGUUUGCGGUGGAACAUUGAUUGCAGACCGCUGGGUGAUCACCGCUGCACACUGCUUCCAGCAAGACAGAUUGGCUUCUCCCACAGUCUGGACGGUCUACCUGGGCAAGUAUUUUCUGAAUGUCACUAGCCACAAUGAGGUCUCCUUCAAGGUGAGUCGCAUCCUGCAGCAUCCUUACUAUGAAGAGGACAGCCAUGACUAUGAUGUGGCUCUGCUUCAGCUAGACCAUCCAGUUGUCUACUCCUCUUCCAUCCAACGCAUUUGCCUGCCUACCAGCUCCCAUCUCUUUGAGCCUGGCCUCUUCUGUUGGAUCACCGGCUGGGGUGCAGUCAAGGAAGGAGGUCCCACCAGUAAGAUCUUGCAGAAGGCAAAUAUAUCAUUAGUACAACAGGAUAUCUGCAACGAAGCCUAUCAUUACCGGGUCACACCCAGAAUGCUUUGCGCUGGUUACCAUGAUGGAAAGAAGGAUUCUUGUCAGGGUGACUCUGGAGGACCUCUUGUCUGCCAGGAGCCUAGUGGCAGAUGGUUCCUGGCUGGUCUGGUGAGCUGGGGCCUGGGAUGUGCACGCCCCCAUUACUAUGGAGUCUACACCAGAAUAACCUCAGUGAUAGGCUGGAUGAAACAGGCCAUGAUGAGCUAGACAAUGACCCACCCCCUGUCUUUAACCUACAAGACUAAAUAGGCUGCAUGGAGGUGCCACCUCUAGGCCUCCACAUGCCUUUCAAUGUUUUGGACUCCAGGGACAUUCCACAUCAGACCAAAUCCCAUCUCAUUGUCAAGGGCUGAAUGUCAAUGUGGUUUCAGUGUAGGAGCAGGAGGGGCCUUUUGAGGCCAGUAAGGAUGGAUUUUUUAAAAACAUUGAAAGACAAACAAUUCUCACAAUGAGGAACAAUUCUGAAGUACAGUUCUCUACCAUUAUCAAUCAGCCUUCGUUCUGCUACCAAAAAGUUGGCAAUCAUGGUUUGUUUAUCAGGUAGUGAGGACUGAAUAACCAAAAGACUUUGGAAAGGAAAUGUCUUCUGAUAUGGAAGGUGGAGAUUAACUGGAAGCCCUUCUAGCCUCCUUUGUAGAAAUAAUCUGUGUUUUUUAAAGUUGCAUUUAUAACAUGUGGUUAGUAUGUACAGUGGAAGAUAAGGGUAAGGAAUACUCUGAGCAGGUGUUAGGGUGUGUGUGCAUGUGGAAGAAAUGAACUUCAUGUGAAUUGUGUGUUGCAAUUAUUCAGUUUUUAAAAACCAUCAUGGAGCUGCCUAAAGACCAGGUGACAGCCCCUAAAGGACCUUAUGCUCCUCAACUGAAGGCCUUCUGAAAGUUCCUUCUUGAAUACAUACCUGAAGCCGACUGAGUCAGACCAGUAUUGUUUACUUGGACUGGCAGCAGCUCUCGAGUCUAAAGUCUUUCACUUUAUCUGCUACCUGAUCCUCUUAACUAGAGAUGUUGGGGGAUUGAAUCUGGGACCUUCUGCAUACAAAGCAGAUGCUCUACCACUGAGCCAUAACACCUUCUUGUAAUUUCUGCUAAUUCAUAUGAUGCUGCAAACCUGAAUUAACUUAUUUUCAGGUUUGGGUCUCCAUCCAUCACCAUUGCACCCUUAUCUCCAUCCAGCUAACACGAAUAUAGGUUCUCAUAGUCAUUUUUGUGUGCAAGUGACUUUCUGCCAUUACCUUAUUAUGGAGAUUUUUUCCUGUACUGGACCAUGAACCAGUGUUUCCUCCAAACUGAGUUAGUGUGAGCAAGCUCAGAGUUCUUUAGCCUCUGGCUCACACAUUUUUGGCUUAACUCAGGAAAAAAAUGGCCCCAGAGCAAACUAAUUUAUGCAGUAGCUCACAGCUUUAAUGCCAGUAACUCACGAAGUAGAAUUUUUGCUCACAAGACUCCACAACUUAGAGGGAGCAUUGCCAUGAAUUUACAAUUUAAGUUCUAAAUGAACAAGCUUCUUACUAAAAGGAAAUAGCAUUAAUACUAACAUACCAGCACUCUAUGAAAAUCACUUUGCACAGAAAUGGUACUGCUUGUAAUGUAGUUUGACCUUACCUCUUUGUCAUGGUAUUGACGAUGGUAAUCCAUUUGUAUGGCCUGGCCCUGUCAUGUUUACUCUGAAUGCUCAAAGUGUUCAAGAGUUUGUAUUCAAGGUCAAGUGUGCAUUUUAGGACUGCAGCCUAUUCAUUGUUUGAAAAUGUGAUGAAAUAAAAGGUUCAUCAACCUACAGAGAUAUAAAA